UGUUAGGAUCAGAUCUCAAAACGCGGAUACUUAAUAUAAACGGAUUGAAAGUGUAACAAACUGAAAUUGUUUUUAAACAAAGAGCACUAAACGUUACGUGUGAUAAAUGAAACUUCACCCACAAGUAGAAAUGUUGCCUCUGGCAUAGAGUGACUGUAAAUUAAAUGCCAAAGUCAAUAGCUAAUUGCUCCAUUGGUUGUAAACAAUAUUGUUUAUAUAUAAUACGUACGGACUCGAGUAUCUGUAUUUUUACUGCGUAUACACAAAUAUUGUGCAAACCAAGAGAACACACAGAGGAACCGCAACCGCAACCGCAAAAGCAAAGAAUAAGAGCCACAACACACCACUGGAAUUUUUCGACGAAUUUCAUUCGCGAGACGUAGCGAAAAUUCAAUAUAUAUAAUACUUUAAUAUAUGUAUCCGUUUGUUUAGCACUUUUUGCUGGCGCCAACAAUUUGCAUAAUUAAAGCCGUCGUUCAGAUAGUGAAAAGAGAUAACGAGCUACAGUGAACAUGCUUUAAAGUAUCGAGCAAAUUUGUUUAUCAUUUGCAAUCGAGUGCUGACAAAUGAUGCAAGACUUAGCCAUGACGCAACCGCCAAUGAAAUUCAAUGAGUCGAUGCUCAAGGACCUGCAUCUCACCACAUUUGAACUGCAGGACUUUCUGCAUCGACUUAUCGAUUUCCAGAUGAAGAACCAUUCACAACCGGAUGAGUGUCGGGGCUAUUGUCAAGGUGAUAUCUACAAGUGGGUUGGCGCUUACAACGGCAUCCAUGGCUAUGUUUCCCUUUUGAUUUGCAUAUUCGGCACAAUAGCCAAUAUAUUAAAUAUAAUGGUAUUGACCAGAAAGGAGAUGGCCAAGGCGCCCAUCAACAACAUCUUAAAAUGGCUGGCGGUGGCCGACAUGUUUGUGAUGCUCGAGUACAUCCCCUACACCACCUAUCAAUACAUUUACAUGAAGCCGGGUGAAAAGGAUCUGAGCUACUCGUGGGCUGUUUAUAUUUUGGUUCAUAUGCAUUUUACGCAAAUUUUGCAUACGAUUUCGAUUGGUUUGACAGUCACUUUGGCUGUUUGGCGCUAUGUGGCCAUCAGCAAACUGUUUCCAUCUCUUAUCCACAGACAUCCGAACGGCAGCUGUGCCAACUUUCUGCUCGCACAUUCCAGAGAGGCCAUUCUCUUUCCCUUCAUCAUCUCGCCCAUCCUCUGUCUGCCCACGUACUUUGUCUUUAAGGUGCGCGAGACCCUUGAGGUGGACACCAAAGAGCACGAAGCCAUGUAUCAUGUGUAUUUUGACACAGACUCCAUGCUCUUCCGCUUCAACUUUUGGAUACAUUCCGUGAUUAUCAAGCUGCUUCCCUGCUUUAUACUGACAGUGAUAAGCUUGGUGCUCAUGCAUGUCCUAUGCGAGGCCUCGCGACGUCGCCUCAAACUCAAGGACUACGAUAAUCCCACCAAGUAUGCCAUACAGCUGAACCUCAACGAGCACAAGUCCAGAAGACCGCCCCGUUGUGAUCGUCGUAAUGAUCGGACGACGUUGCUGCUUGUGGCUGUGCUGAUUCUGUUUCUGGUCACGGAGUUUCCACAGGGUCUGCUCGGUCUGUUGUCUGGUGUGCUAGAAAAGUGCUUCUUCGCCCAUUGCUAUCCGCCUUUCGGAGAGCUGAUGGAUCUGCUGGCACUCAUCAAUGCUGCUGUGGGCUUUGUUCUCUACGGCCUGAUGUCCAAACAGUUUCGCACUACGUUCAGAUCGUUGUUCUUCAAGCGGCAUUUCGGAAGCAGUGAGAUGACGCGGCUGACACGUGUGACAACAACUUGUGUCUAGAAGCUAAGGCCACGACAUCGUAGGUCCGAAACUCGAAUGUAGACUUUGGGACUACAUGCAAAAAAGUUAUAUAGUAGGUGCUUUGGAGCGGACUUCAUUGGAGAUGGGUGAAGUGAGCGAAGGCAUCUCAAAGAUGCCUUUGACUUCAACAUGAAUUUCUAAUCCAAAAAAAAAAAAACUUUGUAAAAGUUGAACUGAAACUGUGAGCUGGGUAGGAAAUACUACAAGUAUGAAUGCUCUUAUAGAGGGGAAUGUUUCAAUGCGAGUUGAGCAUUCACACUUUAUAGAGGGUAUCA